AUGGCGUCCCCGGCGCUGGCGGCGGCGCUGGCGGCGGCGGCGGCAGCGGCGGGCCCCAACGCGAGCGGCGCCGGCGACGGGGGCAGCGGCAGGGUCGCCAACGGCUCGGGGGCGCCCUGGGGACCGCCCCCGGGCCAGUACUCGGCGGGCGCCGUGGCGGGGCUGGCGGCCGUGGUGGGCUUCCUCAUCGUCUUCACCGUGGUGGGCAACGUGCUGGUGGUGAUCGCCGUGCUGACCAGCCGCGCGCUGCGUGCGCCGCAGAACCUCUUCCUGGUGUCGCUGGCCUCCGCUGACAUCCUGGUGGCCACACUGGUCAUGCCCUUCUCGCUGGCCAACGAGCUCAUGGCCUACUGGUACUUUGGGCAGGUGUGGUGCGGCGUGUACCUGGCGCUAGACGUCCUCUUCUGCACCUCGUCCAUCGUGCACCUGUGCGCCAUCAGCCUGGACCGCUACUGGUCCGUGACCCAGGCCGUCGAGUACAACCUGAAGCGCACGCCGCGCCGCGUCAAGGCCACCAUCGUGGCAGUGUGGCUCAUCUCGGCCGUCAUCUCCUUCCCGCCGCUAGUCUCGCUCUACCGCCGGCCCGACGGCGCCGCCUACCCGCAGUGUGGCCUCAACGACGAGACCUGGUACAUCCUGUCCUCCUGCAUCGGCUCCUUCUUCGCUCCCUGCCUCAUCAUGGGCCUGGUCUACGCGCGCAUCUACCGGGUGGCCAAGCUGCGUACGCGCACGCUCAGCGAGAAGCGCGAGCCCGCGGGCCCCGACGGCGCGUCCCCGACCACGGAGAACGGGCUGGGCGCCGGCGAGAACGGGCACUGCGUGCCCGCGCGCCGCCCGCGCGCCGACGUGGAGCCCGAGGACAGCAGCGCGGCGGCCGAGAGACGGCGGCGCCGGGGCGCGCUGCGGCGGGGCGGGCGGCGGCGUGGGGCUGGCGAGGGGGCCGCGGACGCCGAGGGCACGGGCCCCGGGACGGUGACGGCCGAGCCGGGCGCGCUGGCCGCCGCGAGGUCCCCGGGCCCCGGCGGGCGCCUGUCCCGCGCCAGCUCGCGCUCCGUCGAGUUCUUCCUGUCUCGCCGGCGCCGGGCGCGCAGCAGCGUGUGCCGCCGCAAGGUGGCCCAGGCGCGCGAGAAGCGCUUCACCUUCGUGCUGGCGGUGGUCAUGGGCGUGUUCGUGCUCUGCUGGUUCCCCUUCUUCUUCAGCUACAGCCUGUACGGCAUCUGCCGCGAGGCCUGCCAGGUGCCCGGCCCGCUCUUCAAGUUCUUCUUCUGGAUCGGCUACUGCAACAGCUCGCUGAACCCGGUCAUCUACACCGUCUUCAACCAGGACUUCCGGCGCUCUUUCAAGCACAUCCUCUUCCGACGGAGGAGAAGGGGCUUCAGGCAGUGA